CCCACAAUAACCUCGAUUGGGCUACCGCGUUGACGAAAGAUUUCACAUUGAAUCUAACCCUAUUCUCCAAAAUGGCAAAAAAUAUCUAAACCCAUUUGCAAUCACCGAGUAUUACUCUCUUUUUCUCUCUCUUCGCCUCAAGAUAAGAGGAAGAGCGAUCCAUCAAAACGACUCUCUUUCUGCACAACCCAAAAAGUUUCUUCUUCCUAAACCUUCUCCCUUUGGGGAUAUAGGAAAGAGGAGAAGAUUCUUUGGUUCUCCAAUCUGGGUUUGGAGAACACUUUAUCAGAUACAAUAUCAAUAUCUAUGUAUGGUUUUAGGUUAGGGAUUUGAUUGAUUGGUUAACCUUUUUUUGGGAGGAGAAAAUAAAGACAAAAAAAGAUACGAUGGAGCAACAUAAUUCAGUACCGUCAGUAACCACCACCACGACGGCGGAACCUUCUAUGGCGGUGGAUCCUUUUUUGGUUGAGGCUCUCCAGAAUCCUCGUCAUCGUCUUACCAUUCUUCGAAUGGAGCUUGAUAUUCAGAAGUUCAUCCAGAACUUUGAACAGCUUCAGUUCGAGUUUCAACAUUUUCCUACUUCCUAUCUUCGUCUUGCGGCCCACCGUGUUGCACAACACUAUGGUCUUCAGACCAUGGUUCUUGAUAACUUUUCGGAUGGUCAGGGGACUAGGAUUUUGGUGAGGAAAGUAGCUGAAAGUAAAUACCCUGCUGUCUGUCUAUCCGAUGUACCAGCCAAACUGUCAGAAAAUGAGAAACAUGAGCAUGUUAAGAUCGUUCUAAAACCUAGGCCAAAAUCAUCUUCAGAUGGAACAAAUGAACAGGGAACAAAAUCUAAUUCGAUCCGCUCAGUUGAGGAAAGAAAGGAGGAGUAUGAUAAGGCACGAGCUCGUAUAUUCAGCUCUCCUAGUAGUCCUCAGUCAGAUGGUACACCAUUAAGGACCUCAUCAGAUGGAAAGAACUUGUGUUUCAGCGGAGAUGAAUAUGAAGGUUUCAGAAACUCUACCAUUGACUUGGAGAGAAAUUUCAGCAGAGAUGGAAAUACUUCUCGUGUAGCCAUUCUUAGGGACAGGGAGAAGGAUCUGACUGAUCCAGAUUAUGACCGCAGUUAUGAAAGGUACGUGAGGAACCUUCCGGUGAGUCAAGGGUUUAACUUGUUGCCUUUGAGUUUGCCUAAGUUCCAACCUCCAUGUGUCCAGUAUGAUCCUUUGGUACCUCAUCUGGGACAAGUACCAGCCACUCAAGCAUCUCUUGGCUACCGGAACUCGACCAUGAAUCCAUAUCCUGUUGUUGGAUUGAAUCACAUAUCGAGGGAUGCUGUCUAUAUGCAAUGGCCGUCUCAUUCCAUGAUGUAUGCACACUCAUAUGAUCAGUUUAGACAUGCUGUUUUCCAGCAGGCACCAUUCUGUCAGCAGCCCCUCAGUUUUGAUUACUCACAAAACCAUUAGGGUCGUUGGGGUCAGGUCGGGUCUACAAAUUGAACUGGGGAUGUACGCCGAUUUUGUUACCUGUUACUGUUAGGAAUUGAUUGAUCUUGUUAUUCAUUGGAAACCUGUAAUACUUUCUGUGUCUUUGGUUGAUUCAACUUUCAAAUACUAGCACCAACAAGUAUUCAAUCAUUGUUCCUAUCUUUCU